AUGGCUUCGACAUCAUUUCGAGAGUCCAUGAACUCGCUGGGCUGGUCCCGUCGCGAACCAGACAUGCCCGUCAAUACCAACCAGCAGUCGGGGUUGCUCUCGUCCAUCAAAUCGCUGAAUCCCUUUGGCGACCGUGGGUAUGUUCAGCUUCCGACGGUAGAGGGCGCGGGUGCCCCUCUGCCGGCAAGCAAUCGUCGCGAAGAAGAAGAAGGAUGGUUCGUACUGAGUCGAUGGGACCGCAUGUUGAUAUUCGGUGCCUGUAACAUUGCCGCGCUGGCAUGCUUCGUGCUUUGCUUUGCACUAUGGCCUAUUCUAUUCCCGCGGCCUCGCAAGUUCGCCAUUCUAUGGUCCUUCGGCUCCAUUCUGUUCCUCUGUUCAUUUGGGGCUGUGAUGGGCCCUAUGACUUACGUCCGGCACCUGCUGUCUGGAAACCGUCUGCCUUUCACGGCAGCCUAUUUCGGGUCCAUCUUUUUGACCUUAUUCUUCUCCCUCGGUCUCCGAAGUACAUUUCUGACAUUGAUAUCGGCAUUCAUCCAGCUCGCCUGUCUUGCCUGGUACCUAGUCAGUUAUUUCCCGAUGGGCUCAAAUGGUCUGCGUCUCGCCACAACGUUUGGGGCGCGGAGGGCUGCCGCGUGGGUAACCGGUUAG